AUGGUCAAAACAACAACUCGAGGAAUUUCCGAAUACGAUCUUAUCCAUUCACCUCCCACUCAUACUUUUCAUCCAACGACGAAAAAAGAGCUUCGUCGCUAUCACACCUCUCUCGAAGAAUCACAUUCGAAGGAUUAUCCUUAUGUGACACCUGGCAGUUUUGAACAUAUUGAAGAGCAUUCGAAUGCACCACCUGAUCAAAUUCAAAGAUUGAGAUUGGACAUGUUGAGGCAAGAGUUUGAGAAGGAUAGAGAGCAGGGAUUUCCAGAGUGGAAUUUGGAGGAUACUUGGAUGAAUAAGAUUUAA